UGGGCGCGGAGCGAGGUGUUGCGGUUUGAAGCCGCGCGCGCGCGCGAGCUGGGGGAGGCGGAGGAUGAGGCGGAGCGGGCGAAGCGGGCGGAGAAGGCGGAGAUGGCGCGCGCGCUGUGGGAGGAAACGGAGGCGCAGUUCGAAGGGCGGCUGCAGGAGUGGCGCAGGCAGAGCGCCAAGCGUCGCACUCGCCCCUUUGCAGUUGCAUUCGCCGUUGAUCCCUUCACCAUGAUGCCCCCUUUCACAGCUUCAACUCCCACACACUUCGCAUUUACUGCUUCAUCUUUAAUCACGACCGCUGCUGCAAAAGUGUUGACACCAUCUUCAUCUCCAUCAUUCACCGCUGCUCCCUCCAUGGUGACUAUCUCUUCUUCCUGCUUCACUGCUGCCUCCACACUCGCUCCCGUAUCAUCCGUGUCCUCGCUCUCAUCAACCUCAGUAGACUCAGGAUCCUCAUAG